AUGUCUGCUAUGUCGCGCAAAGCGGAGUCGUUUGAUUUCAUGUUUCCAACACCCGAACGAAGGCGCAGACUGCCUGCAAAUUGUCGAUGGCCGUUAUCCAUCGCCCUCGUGGCCGUCACACUGGCUGUCAUUUUCUUCGCAUAUCAUAAUACGUCUCUGAGCGAUUCGAAUAUUCUAUCGGGCUAUUCUCUCGAAGAAAUAAAGCCAUCCUCGGAUGCCCAUCAUGGUGGCGACCUGAACCGCCUAGUUGCGCAACUCUACAAACCGUUCCUGCACCCCAUCGACGCUGAAGUGUUUAUCGGUGAGAAUGAGGUCGAAUACAAAAUCGCCCAGAACCCACCUCGAUUCACAGAGUCGCUGGGGCGAAAGGUCCUGUUGCUCGAUGUUGAUACUCGGGCGUUGAAUGGGGAGGGUGGUAUGAUGAAUGAGCACAUUGAUUAUCAUGCUCUUUCGCCGCAUACUGCCGGCAUGUUGAGCCACUACCUAUAUGCAAUGAUCCACGGCUACGACUACAAAUUCAUCCAAGCCCCCUCCUACACUGACCGACACCAGACAUGGGUCAAAGUACCCAUGAUCCGCGAAGCGCUCAAAACAUACGACUAUGUCGUAUUCAUGGACGCCGAUGCCGUCUUCCACUACCACCACCUCCCCCUCGAAUGGCUCUUCAACCACUGGAACAUCACCGACCAGACCAUGCUCGCCAUGGCGCUCGACCCGAAGGCAGACUUCAACCUCGACGAGCGCGGAAACGUCAACCUUAACACAGGCUUCAUCAUCGCACAGGCCAGCGAGCGUACCACCCAAAUGUUUAACGUUUGGGAAGACUGCGUAACCGACGAGAAAUACGCUAACUGCUCUAAAUGGCGGUACGAAUGGAGCCACGAACAAGCCGCGUUCAGCAACUACCUUCGCUAUGAAUACACGCGGCCCAACGAGGUCAUUUCCCUACCCUGUGCGGAAGCGAAUGGAUACCCUAGCAAAGCUGAGCUGGGCUGCACGGGCGAGUUUGUGCGUCAUUACUGGCUAGACAAGGGCGCCACUGUCAGCGCGUUGCAGGAUGCUGUUACACAGUAUGCGGCGUUGAGGUUGCACGAUCAGUUCCAUAGGCAUAUGGAUCAUACCCUUGUCAAUGCGACAGGUACGACUUUGCCGUUGAAAGAUGGAGAGACGGUUGCCGUAUAA